UUGGUCACUUACUGAUCAGGGAAAAGAUCAGAGUAGUGCUAAGAGUUUUUCAUGCAGGCUCCGUCAAGUAAAUCACUGCUCACUAGCGGAUCAGACCCCAGAAACGAAUUGAUUAUGGUGAAAUAGCAAAGCCUGACUUCAUUUAUAUACAUUUAUAAAAAGAUGGCAUCUAAGAGCUUUACAGAAAAGUUGGCAAACUUGGAGCAGAAAACCCUGAAGCCCGAACUUCCUGUAACCUGUAAGUGCCGGAAACAAUGUAACAGCUGCAAGAUCUUCCUGGGAUUUUUCGCGCUGUCCCUCUGGCUGCAUCUGGUCACUCUGUUGUGUUAUUUGGAUCUGAGGUCUGAGGUGAAGCGCGAGCUGUUGCACAAGAACAGAGAGGAAUUCGUCACCCUGGACGCAAAUGACUUGAAAGAGCACAAGUCUCCAGAACUCGAGGUUUUGGACCGUCACUACCCCGCACUGCUGGAAGAGGACGAGCUGGCUCUGUCAAAUCAAUUCAACACUGCUGAUCUGCCUCGACUACCAGAAGAAAAUAAGAGACCUCUUCACCGAACAAAAAGAAGUCAAAAUAGGGAUAGGGAUGGGGAAGGAGGUUCUAAUACUAAAACCUCAAAAGGCAAAAAAAAAGGCAAAAAACAAGGCCCUCCUGGUGCUCCAGGCCCUCCUGGCCCUCAGGGGCCCCCAGGACCACAAGGCCCUCCAGGAAUUCCAGGAAUUCCCGGCAUCCCUGGAACCAGCGCCAUGGGGCCACCUGGGCCAGCCGGGCCUCCGGGACCACAGGGCCAACCCGGGCUUCCAGGACCUUCAGGAGCAGUAGAAAAAGCAGGGGCCAGAGAGACGCAGCCAGCAGUGGUGCAUCUGCAAGGACAAGGAUCAGCAAUUCAAGUAAAGAAUGAUCUUUCAGGGGGCGUGCUGAAUGACUGGUCUCGCAUCUCCAUGAACCCCAAGGUGUUCAAGCUGCACACGCGCAGCGGGGCGCUCGAGGUGCUGGUCGACGGGACCUACUUCAUCUAUAGUCAGGUAGAAGUAUACUACAUCAACUUCACAGAUUUUGCCAGCUAUGAGGUUGUGGUUGACGAGACCCCCUUCUUGCAGUGCACGCGGAGCAUUGAGACGGGCAAGACCAACUUCAACACCUGCUACACCGCUGGGGUCUGCAUGCUGAGGGCGAGGCAGAGAAUAGCCAUCAAAAUGGUCCAUGCAGACAUCUCCAUCAACAUGAGCAAGCACACAACAUUCUUCGGGGCGAUCCGGCUCGGGGAGGCUCCAUCAUCUUAAAACAAACAAACCGCACCACAGAUAUAUUGGAUACCCAGCCUUGAUGUCUGUCUGCGUCCCUGUCCCUAAUCCCUGCCUCUCACUCGUGCUCAGAGGACGAAGGAGCCCAAGCAAUCAUCAGCUUGUGAAUUGCUCAAAUGCAGAGUCCUCAAUACCGUAGACCCUGCUAAUGUAUAUGAAGGAGCAGAGUUCUCCUCUGGAGGCCGUACGUUCUGGAAUGGAACUAACCACAUGUAACAGUGUUGGAAUCCUAUAGCUCCCUCAGUUAUCACAGGUAUGAGAAAGGAUGUUGCUAAUGUGCAGUGUAGCACCAAAGGGAAUGAGCAAUGCACCUGCCAGCAGAGACGCUGUUCUGAUCCUUGCUUUGUCCUGCUGGAGGACCUUGUUGCUAAAAAAGCGUUGCCAUUUCAGGACCAGCUCUGACCUCGGGACUUGCAUGGGAUGAGAUUGCAUUACACCGGACUCACUUUGCGGGAAACAAGACAACAGUUUAUUUUAAUUAUAACCAUUUUACAUAUUUUAUAUACCAAGUCUUGUGAUCUGUGUCAUAAUGGGACACCUGUGUAGUGCGCACUCAAGGACAAGAGCUGGAAACAGAAGACUGAAGGGACUGAAACCCAAAGGGAUGAUCUCUAUGAAGAUCUUGAUCCAUGUGUUGAUGCAGUAUAUCGCUGCUGUCCAGGUAAACCGCUCGCCUGCAAUCCACACACUGGAUACUCCAAGAGCUCAAGCAGCAGAACCUGCACAUUCUUAUUUGUCUUUUUAAGCUUAUUUAUAUGUUCAUGUUUUAUAGUGGCGCCCUCGUCGUUUUAAUGUUUAGAUAACCCUGUGUGUGUG